CCAGGUCACACCCCAGUGACUUGCCUCCUCCCAGGCCCACCUCCUAAGGGCACAGUCAGCUCCUGGGUGUGUGAAUCCCCUGAUGAGCACAGCGCCCCACGAUACCAUCACCUCCCACACAGGUGAGCAGUUAGGGGGACAUUUUAGACUGAACCAUAACACAUGCUUUUCACCUGAGCUUGCCAGGGUGGCCGGGAUCCACUGCUUCCCAUCCACUAACUCCCCCAGGAUCAGUGAUUCUCCAGACUUUCAUCUCAGUAGCUGCUGCACAGUCUCCUUCCAUGGAGUUUGAGGACCUGGGCUAUCUGGACCUUCAGCUCUCCUCCACCCUUUCCCUCCUUCCGAAUUUCCUGCUGAGUCAUCAGAGUGGUCCAGAAGCAUCUGCCGCUAGGCCCCCCUCAGGCUGUCCCCAGUCCUUUGGGUUCUGCCUAUCCAAUGUGCUCACCCCACCAUCCUGCACCCACAGAUCACCGGCAGCCCUCCAUUUUGCUCUCACUGGCGCACCCCACUGUGCCCUUGCAUGGUGUUCCCCCAUCUCUCCAGCUAACUCGUCUUCAUCCUUGGCCCCAGCCACUGUUCAGGGUCUGUACACCUCUGUCUGGCUACAGCUGGGCAUUCAGCUCUGAUCCUCUGCUUUCCCAGCUGCCUGUGAGCAGUGCCCAGCUGCGGUGAUGUUUUAUCCUCACAGCCAGGCAUUAGUUGGUAAAUGUUGAAGAUAUCUUUCCUGUUCUGUUAGGAUAAUGAGGAAGAACUACAGAGUUGGUAAUGUGGAAGGGAUUAUCAGCCAGUCCUGAAAAUCUAAGUAUGGUGCCAGAAAGAGGGACCAGAACUUUCCCGGAGAAGCUUAGUUACUCUGGUUUGGACUUUUUCAGGAAAAACCGUAAUCAAAUUACAGAAAAAAAAAAGCAUCCCAUUCCUCUUUUAAAAUAAAUAUUAAGGGCCUGGGGGUGUAACUUAGUGGUAGAAUGCUUGCCCAAAAUCCAUGGAGCCCAUGGUUGGAACCCCAGCACUCAAGAGGCUGAGGCAGGAGGAUCACUGCAAGAUCAAAGCCAGCCUGGGCUACAUAGUGAGUUCCAGGCCAUCAUGAACUACAUAGUGAGAUCCUGUCUCAAACAAAAUAAAACAACACCACAGACUUUGAAACAUUCUAUAAAUCCAACCUGAGCAAAGCUGGGCAAUUGAACUCAAAGAGGUGUUUACUCAUUUGUUUUGCAGUGCUGGAGCUUGAACCCAAGACCUUGUACAUGCUGGGCAAGUGCUCUACCACAUCUGAGCCCUUUUUCUUUUACAUGAAAUAGUCUCUUGCUAUUGUUGCCCAGUGUGGAAAGCUGCAGCCUCCUUUUAGAGGUGGUUUCUAGGUUCUUUCUGUCCUGGGCAAAGAAUUGGUCAAGACCAGCAUAAAUGGUAGCCAAGUUUUCCCUUUCUUAAAGAUAGGAAAAGAAACAGACUCUGCAGAGUGAGUUUGGGCCAAGUAACAGCAGGAAAAUAAGUAUACCCUGUAAGACGAGAGUGAUGGGCCAGGAGUAUGGCUCAGUAGCACAGCGCCUGCCUGGCAAUCACAAGGUCCUAAAUUCGAUUCCUGGUACAAAAAAAAAAAAAAAAGACGAGAGUGAACUACUCACUGUGAAGGGACACAGAUGCCCCAAGCUCAAGGCCAACUGUCGUUUUUGUGUUUCCCACCCUGAGGCUGCCAUCAGGUCUGGGCCAUCCCAUCAAAAAAGCUGCUGAGUUCCAGCAAAAAGUCCAUGGGUAGCUGCAGGGGUACUAUGGGAACUGUUGUGUGCAUUUGUCCUGGAAUGUUGUAAUUGACAGGUCAUGCCCACUUUCCCGGCUGUCUUUGCCACAUCCUAGUCUCCUGCCUCACUGUAUUGCCCAGACUGGCCUCAAACUCAUGAUCCUCCUGCCUCUACCUCCUGAGUAGCUAGGAUUGCCAGGAUGUGCCUCUGUGCCUGGUUUCAAAGAGCUAUUUUUAAUAAGCCACAAAGCAAAUAUUUUUCUAAACAUCACUCAGUUUACAAAGUCUAUACAUUUCCCAAAACAAUUUAACUGAAUAUGCAGUCCUCACAUUCAAGUCUCUGCUAAUAUGUCAGUUUGGAAAAUCACAGCUGAAACCCACAUGCCCAGGACGGUCCCGUCUCUGCAACAGGAUCUGAUGACUCUUUGCACAGUGACUCUGCUCAUCAGGAUGCCAAGCUGAACCCUGGCUCUCAAAUUUGCUGUUCAGCCCAAGUGCUGAUUGGCUAUUAACCAUGUAAACCCGCCUCUGGCCCUUAGAGGCUAAGGCUGGCAGUGGAAAGCUGAGCUACUGACACACACUGGGAGACAGGGCCCUGUUGCCAGCAAUGUAGCCCAGGUCUGUCAAAAUCCAUGAAUGGUCCUGGUGAGCGUGGGAUGAGAGGGCGUUUAAGCUUAGAAGACAAAUGUACCUGCUAUUGAUAGCCUCUCUCCUGGUCCCUUCUCCUGCGCCUGCUUGGAGGGAAGAGAGGCCACCCCUGGAUAGCUCACCCAAGCCCACCUGCAUCUGGUGUGACCCAGCCCUGCACUAGGUGUGUGGCUAUGAACCUUCUGCCUGCCCACUUUAACAGGCGAAACAGGAUCACCAUUUUUGGAUCAGAAAGGGGUUUGUAGGCCUCAAGGGCAGGAGCUUGAGGAUGCAACCUGGGAAGUGGGAAGAUAGGACCAGGACAUGGACCAGCCUGGACCAGGAGUCCUAUGACUUCUACAAACCAAGAAAUCAUGAACAUGAUGGCCUACAAACCAAGAAAUCAUGAACAUGAGGCCUACAAACCCUUGGUAUUCCUAGAAAAGAAGCCCCCUUCCCCCACCCCCAACGCUCCCCAUGUGUUCUGUGCUUGCCAGACAGGCAUGGGAGGGACGGGAUGGAAGCACUUGCCUCGUCACCACCACACAUCUUCCACACCCCCAACUACUACAGAAGGGACAUGGUGGGGCACAAAGACUGCCACUUGGUUCCCCAGCACCAGCUGCUCCAAAUGCUCCCCUGGAUUACCUUCCCCUGGCCUCGGAAUCUGAACCCGUGGGCCUUGGAUGACAAGUGGCUGAAAGGGAAAGGUGUUGGGAGACACUAAAGCUGCCCCAGUUGCUGGUUGGCCAGGGUGACCCUGGAGGAAGAGGAAGGGGUAUUGCGGAAGUGUCAGCAUCCUUGGGUUCUGCUCAAUGUCCUUGAGUACAUUCCUGCCAUGGCCAGCUCUAGGCUGGGCCUCCUGCUCCUACUGCUGCUAACCACCUGCCCCUGACCCUUGAGGGCUCAGCUCUGGUCCCAUGGCUGGUACCCUGGAGGAAAGCGAGCCUCCAGCUCACCCCAGGAUUCCCAGACUGUUCCCAGACCCCCAGGAAGGGUCCUGGGCACUGCAGCAGGCAGGCUCGCCCGCUGCCACGGACUCCCAAGUGAUGACCUGGCUCCUUCGGAAGACACUGUGCCCUGGGACGGCAAAAGCACGGCCCGCUGGACUCUCCACAGGAAACAGCACCUGGUGUAAACGCUACUGGUGAGAGUGGGCGCGGUGAGAGGCCCAGCAUUCAACACCAGCCAUGGUGCCCAGCGGCCGUGCUACUGGGGAGGGGGUGCAACACCACGGGGACACGCCCUGCUCCUGCACCCCAGCUGUUUCUCGAGUCACUAG